AUGAAUACUUUCUGGUGGAAGGGGGGAAGGAGAGAGAAUAAGGAGAUUCAUUGGAAGUCUUGGGGCAACCUGUGCUAUCCUAAGAAAUGGGGAGGGCUGGGUUUCAGAUGCCUUAGGGACUUUAACUUGGUCGUGCUGUCAAAGCAAUCGUGGAGACUCUUAAACAAUCCAAACUCUUUAGCAACUAGAAUCCUGAAGACCUGUUACUAUCCCGAGUCAUCUUUUUUUGAGGCAAAGCUAGGCACAAAUCCUUCAUUUAUUUGGAGCAGCUUGGUUCAUACGCAGGAAAUUAUAAGGAAGCACUGCAGAUGGCGUGUUGGCAGUGGAACUCAGAUAAAGAUUUGGAAGGAUGAUUGGCUUCCGGACAAGACAAACCCAAGAGUCGUGUCACUCCCGUAUCUACUGAUGGAAGAUGCUAAGGUUGCAGAUCUCAUUGUGACAAGUGAGAAUAAGUGGGAUGAAGAUACAAUUAGAAUCAUAUUCUCGUAA